AAGGGCGCACGAGCUCAACAGUUCAACUCUCGUCUGGCUGGGAGGAGGACUGACUUUCAAACGGUCCGAAGCUGAAGCGCGCUGAAGAUGUGAAGUGUGAGCACGGUUCGCUUGCUUACUCUAAAAUAAUUAGUCAUCCAGAACCCCGAUGACCAAAUACUCUUGCAAAAUCAAAUCCACUCUGCGGCAUCCGAUCUAGUAAUAGUUUAUGUGCGCGACAGCGAUUGUGAUCAUGAUGGAAGCAGUGCUGUCUACAUCCGGGCAACAAUGCCUUCACUCAAUUUAUUGUUACUUCGGUCUGAAACUGGUUAGUCUAAAAUAUUAAGCUGGAAGCAAGAUGUCUAACCAAGGAGUUCGGCGAAAUGGUCCGGUUAAACUGCGUUUAACAGUCCUCUGCGCCAAAAACCUGGUGAAGAAAGAUUUCUUUCGCCUCCCCGAUCCCUUUGCCAAAGUGGUGGUGGACGGCUCAGGACAAUGUCACUCCACAGACACCGUGAAGAACACCCUCGACCCCAAGUGGAACCAGCACUACGACCUAUAUAUUGGAAAGUCUGACUCCAUCACCAUCAGCGUGUGGAACCACAAGAAGAUCCAUAAGAAGCAGGGGGCUGGCUUCCUGGGCUGUGUACGCCUUCUAUCCAACGCCAUCAACCGCCUCAAAGACACCGGCUAUCAGAGAUUGGACAUGAACAAGCUGGGCCUCAAUGACAGUGACACAGUGAGGGGUCAGAUAGUGGUGAGCCUGCAGUCCAGAGACAGGAUAGGCACAGGAGGCCCAGUGGUGGACUGCAGCCGUCUGUUUGACAAUGACCUGCCAGACGGCUGGGAGGAGCGGAGGACUGCGUCUGGCCGAAUCCAGUACUUGAACCACAUCACACGCACCACACAGUGGGAGAGGCCUACCAGGCCUGCGUCGGAGUACUCCAGCCCAGGCCGGCCUCUCAGCUGCAUCGUGGAUGAGAACACACCCAUCCUGAGCACCAACGGGGCCACGCCCACCAUUCCGUGUGUCCCGUCCAGCGACCAGCGGGCCCAGGAGAGACGCGUCCGCUCCCAGAGACACAGGAACUACAUGAGCAGGACACACCUCCACACACCCCCAGACCUGCCCGAGGGAUACGAGCAGAGGACCACGCAGCAGGGCCAGGUCUACUUCCUCCACACCCAGACAGGAGUCAGCACAUGGCACGACCCUCGAGUGCCCAGAGACCUGAGUAAUGUAAACUGUGAGGAGCUGGGCCCACUGCCCCCUGGCUGGGAGAUCAGGAACACAGCCACCGGCCGGGUCUACUUUGUGGACCAUAACAACCGCACCACGCAGUUCACAGACCCGCGCCUCUCUGCCAACCUGCAUCUAGUCCUUAACCCAAGCCCCAAUGGUUCCCGCAGCGGCAUCGAAAUUCAGAACAGUCCGAUCAGCCGUCAGAUCCAGCUGAAGGAGCAGGCCCAGCAGGCACUGGUGUCUCCAGGUAAUCUGCCAGAGGAGGCCGAGUGCCUCACGGUGCCCAAGUACAAGAGGGACCUGGUGCAGAAGCUGAAGAUCCUCCGCCAGGAGCUGUCCCAGCAGCAGCCCCAGGCAGGCCACUGCCGCAUAGAGGUGUCCCGCGAGGAGAUCUUUGAGGAGUCUUACCGCCAGGUGAUGAAGAUGAGGCCGAAGGACCUGUGGAAGAGACUGAUGGUGAAGUUUAAAGGGGAGGAGGGGCUGGACUACGGAGGAGUGGCCAGGGAGUGGCUGUAUCUGCUGUCCCAUGAGAUGCUGAAUCCGUACUACGGCCUGUUCCAGUACUCCCGCGAUGACAUCUACACCCUGCAGAUUAACCCCGACUCAGCCGUCAACCCGGAGCACCUGUCCUACUUCCACUUUGUGGGUCGUAUUAUGGGCAUGGCGGUGUUCCACGGCCACUACAUAGACGGGGGCUUCACCCUGCCCUUCUACAAACAGCUGCUGGGGAAACCCAUCACCCUGGACGACAUGGAGUCAGUGGACCCAGACCUCCACAACAGCCUGGUCUGGAUCCUGGACAAUGACAUCACAGGCGUGUUGGACCACACCUUCUGUGUGGAGCACAAUGCCUACGGGGAGAUCAUCCAGCACGAACUCAAACCCAACGGCAAAAUCAUCCAGGUCACCCAGGACACCAAGAAGGAGUAUGUCAGGCUGUAUGUGAACUGGCGUUUCCUGCGAGGCAUCGAGGCUCAGUUCCUGGCCCUGCAGAAGGGCUUCAACGAGGUCAUCUCACAGCACCUCCUCAAGGCCUUCGACGAGAAAGAGCUGGAGCUCAUAGUGUGUGGACUGGGUAAGAUCGACAUCAACGACUGGAAGUCCAACACGCGGCUGAAGCACUGCACCCCUGACACCAACAUCGUCAAGUGGUUCUGGAAGGCCGUGGAGUCGUACGAUGAGGAGCGCCGGGCCAGGUUGCUGCAGUUUGUUACCGGCUCCUCCAGGGUCCCCCUGCAAGGCUUCAAAGCCCUCCAAGUUACAGGUGCUGCAGGCCCACGACUCUUCACCAUCCACCAGAUCGAUGCCAGCUCCAACAACCUGCCCAAAGCCCACACCUGCUUCAACCGGAUCGACAUUCCUCCCUACGAGAACUAUGACAAGCUGUAUGACAAGCUGCUCACUGCUAUCGAGGAGACGUGUGGCUUUGCUGUGGAGUGAGACGCUGCUGACGCAGGGGUCGGCAGGAACAGGGAGUGGAGGAACUCGACAUUGUCAGAUCCCACCAUCCAGUUCACCCAGGGGAAGGGGGCGUCUGUGGUCCAGUGGCCCAAGGACUCUCUCGCCCACAAUAGGGACAUGUGGCCAGGCCGAGUGGGGGAGGCAGAUGAGACCUGUGCGAGCAGUCUAGUCUGUCUAGGGGUUUCCCCCCACCCCCCUCUUUUAAAAAAUAGCAUUUUCAGCUGCUAAUAACUCAGACUAUUUACUAACUUGUGGAACUGCGAAAAUGGCUGGCUCUUCCUUUUUUUAAAUAAGUUUAGUUUUAGCAUUAUAAAAAUAGUCAGUAUUCCAUGUAGCUACUUACCAUCUUACCAAGCAGAACAUGAAGUCCACAACUAAACUAAACAUUGGCCACAUAAACAAGACUGGUAUCACUGGUUUGAUGGAGUACAUUGUUACCCACGGUUACCAACAACACUGAAUGUUGCUUGCAAUGUUUGGAGGCAGGGACAGAAGGGAGCAUGAAGGCUCCUUAGCACCCCCUGGUGACUGAAUCCUUUUCUACCACUGAGGACUCUUGGGGCAUCUAUCUUCACUCAGAGGCUGGACUUUGGAGCACAUGUUCAGAACUUGGCCUUAUGGAGAAAGACAUGCAGGGCCCCAUUGUCAACAACCCUGUCCAAAGAAAGCGGGCUGGUUUUCAGCGCUCCAUUCCCAGAAACCAGUGUCACACGUCUGACAUCUAAGCUUGUUUGGAAAUUUAAAUAAAUAGCUUGAAUGGUGUUAUUUUUAUAUAAUGGGAAAAUGAAAAAAGAAACACUAAAAUUAUAUAUAAUAUAUAUAAUUUAUUUCUGUUAUAUUUCAGAAAGCUUUUGCCAUUAUUCCAGUUUUUUUAUUUUUUAUUAAAAGUGUUACUAUUUAAGCUUGAAAGAAGUACACUUAGAUUGCUGUGGGGGAAAUCUUUACAUAGCCUCUUUCCUACACAGUAAGUAGAGAGGUGGUCUUAAGGGUGGGUUGUCUUUAAUACACACAGUCCUCUGAGUGCCAUAAUACUUUUGACUGAAUCUUUUCAACUAUUUAGAUAUUAACCUGACCCUUUAAAUUCCAGUGACAUCAUCCAGUAGGUACUUGUGCUGGGGUAUGUAUGAUGAGUUCCAUAGACCUUUCUCAUGAUUUCAUGAUUGUUUCUUCAUAGGGAUCUUCUGUCCCCACAAAAUAAUGGCUAAGAGUCCCUGCUACCCUGGUGCAUUUUGUUAUGUGAAGAUUACACACAUCCUUUGUAUGCGCUACUCUUGUCAUUCUGGCAAAUAACUACUACUACCUUCCAGUUAUGGUCUUCUGGUGCUAAAUAAGAUAUUGGCAACCAGUCUUAUACCUGGGGCUGAGAUGGGCGCAUAGCAAACUACAUACAAAAAGUUGCAAUGAAUUGAACAAACAUCACUCUGACCUCAAGCCACAUUCUCAGGAGAUGUCAUAUUAGUUGUUGUAUUAUUUGGGAGCUGACGUGGUCAGAUACAAAACCUUUUCCUCUGUAAUGGUUGAAUGUCUUAUACAGUACAUUAAGUUGAGUGGCUAUAAAGUCUACAUUUGUCAUAUGUAUUGUAACCCAACAGUAGACAUUGACAUGUGAUAGUUGGGUUUCUAUAUCUCCAUAUUGGCUAUAAAUGAAAUCUGAAUGAAUGAGAUGAACCUGCUAAUUCUACUCUCCUGAACCUAGCUCUACAAGUAUGGGUUUGGGGGAGAACAUAUUUAUUUUCUACUCAUUCAAACAAAUUGUUGAAUGUUUUCUUAUUUGUUUUAAUGGCUGCCUGUCUAGCGAUCUAUGACCAUGGACUGUUCUUAAAGUUAGCAUACAUUGACAAUUAAUUGCUCAUCUUUUUCUUUUAUAGAGGUCUAUGCAAAGUGACGUGUCCUCAGAUGGUGCUUUGUACUGUGAUAGGUUAUUGUUUAUUAAUGUGGAUCACACAACCUGUAAAUUAACUUAAGUUUAUUUUUAAAUUCACACAUACAGAACUAUUUACCGUAUGUACUAGGUGACUUCUAUCUAUUUACCAGAUAGGUCAUGGACUGAUUGAUUUUUAUAUCUAAACAUAAUAAUUUACUUUAAGUGGCACAAAAAGAUCCCUCGGCAGUCUGUUUCUUACACAAUCUCUCUGCAUUACUCCAUAGCUGCCUCCCUGAAGAAUUAAACUUUUUAUUAACAAGUCAAAUUUGAGAUGCAGCUUUUUGUUGCUUAAUUCUUUUGCAUGAUCCACAAGCAGGACUAUAUCUCUUAUAGUUGACUUAUGCAAUUAGAUGUACUUAACACUAUCAUUUUUGUAAGAGUAUUUUAUUUUUGUGUGUAAUUUAGGUCUAAUUAAACUUGCCUUUGUCAAAUAAUAUGAGGCACCUUGUA